CAGAGCAUCUCCCAAAUGCCCACUGGGCGCCGUGCCAAAUGUGAGGGGGAGGGGACAAGGCCACCCGGUUGUCGAGCAGUGUCAAUCACAGGAGCCAGCCGUGCUAUGGUCUCCACUCGAUCCACAGCUGGAGUGGCUGGAGUGCUGGGCCGGUCAGGCGCCGUGAGCAGCAACAUGCAGUCUAGCCAGGGAAGUUUCUUUCUGCUGGGUUUGAUGCUACUUCUGGGUGUUGCGUGUACCGUCCACGGAUCCGUGAGACCUGCAUCAGUUGCGGAGAUCCGUGAGACCCUGGUCUGGGGACCAGAGAGGGACAUUCGUAAAGAAAUCGAAGACGGGAUCCUUCUGCCUCCACUGCCACCGGAAGCCAAAGUAAGGAAGGAAGUGUGGGGAAAAUCCAUGAACUUUAUUCAACCUAUCACAAAGCCUCUUUCCGCAGUUCAGCUGUUUCACACUCCCCUGAACAGACUGAAGCCUGAUUUCGACAUUACGCUUGAAAACAAAGGAGAUGUUGCACCGAUGUCAUACGUCGAUUCUUCACAGUUUCGAAGGAGCAGUUCUAAAGCGGAAAGCCCGCCGUUUGAAACAGUCCCAGCAACAAAAAAGUUCGCAGGAAAAUCUACUGUGUUGGCUGUACCCAAAACGCAAAUUAAUAAAACGUCGAAACUGGAGACGCUUACAGAAAACAGAAAGAAGUACGAGCUGGACCAGAGGACGACAACGGAAGACGCGCUUGGGAAGAAUGAAGAUGGGAGGCCCAGGGCAGCGCCCCCAGUCUGGAGCCACGCCUUGUUGUCUGACGAGCUGUCCGACCCCUUUAGUCGACUGCCUUCGAACGAAGAGUAUGACAGAAGCAGCCGGUAUACGCACUCCAUACUGUAUGGCUUCAAUGCGGAAUUCUGAAUCUCAAUGUAAAUGUCUGUAUAUUUUGUAAUAACAAUUGUUUUAUGAUGCUUUUUUUAA